AUGGAUAAAAGACUGGACAAAAGAGCCCGAAUAGCCAGGGUGGAGGAGGUCAUUCUGGAGAUGGGCUUAACAGGAUGUGCUAAUUCCCGCAUUGGACUAGCGCAUGGAACCAAGAAGGGAAUCUCUGGUGGUGAAAGAAAAAGGCUCGCCUUUGCUUCGGAAGCCCUGACUAAUCCUCCCAUCUUCUUCUGUGACGAGCCAACAUCAAGUCUGGACACUUUCAUGGCACAGAGCAUUGUGCAGACAUUGCAGGUAUACUCUACCUCUUGUGUUUAG